AUGAUGCCUCUUCACAACGCAAUUGCAUCUGCAAGCAGAUUAGCGUUAAUGUCUGGUAUGAGAACAAUCGCAUCUCAACCCACCAUAAUUUCAAGAACCCUAGCCCCAAAACAUGUACCUAUUUCUCCAUUUUCGUCAUCUACAAGAACACUCCCUCGUGCAGCUUCAAGGAUUUUUGGGGCAUUGGGAAUGGUUGAAUCCAUGAUGCCUCUUCACAGCGCAAUUUCUUCUGCUCUUCGUCUCAAAUCGAGCCUUGCAGUUGAUUCCGCAUGCUGGCCGACAUUGGUGGAUGAAGGCAACGAGUGGUGGAGGACCGUCGGUGAUGAUGAUAAUUAUGGUUGUGAUGACGAGUGGUGGAGGACCGUCGCUGAUGACGACAAUAAUGGUUGGGAUCGAAUAGGUGGUGGUUUUAAAAAGCCGAUACAGAAAACCUAG